UUCAAGUGAAAAUGGCCGCUGUUAUUGUGUGAACAGUGAUAUUGUUUGGUGAAGGAAAUAAAUAUAAAGUAAUUCAAUGCAUGAAAUUAACGAUCCUUCAGAACCUCCAGAAAUCGUUGAAUCAAUACUAGAUUCGACAGAAGGCUUCAUCAGGAAUGCAAAAGGAGAAGUUUUAUUAAAUGUCAAUGGUAAACCUGAAUGGGGCAUCGUCGCGGGACUUCCGUCCGAUUCACCAACUGAUAUAAUCGACUUGAGUGAAAUGACUGAUUCUAUUGUGGAAAAAGGGAAGAACUUGAAAAAACCUGCAAGAAUAUCAAAAAAGUUACGACGUGGGUGGUCACGCGCUCAGACUUUGGCAUUGAUAGACUUUUAUGGCAAAAACAAGAAAGCGUUUGCAAGCUCUACAAUGAGAAAUGAUAUGGUGUGGAAAGGUUUUGAGCGUGAGCAAGAAGCUGAAGACGAGAGUCACGACUGCCAACAAAUAAAAGAUAAGUGGUCAGCUUUAAAAGUGACUUUUCAUAAAGCUCUGGACAAUAGAUCAAAUAAAGCAACGGGUGCAGCUGCCAUUCAUUUUGAGUUUUUCGAUGAGAUGUAUGAAAUUCUCAAAGAUGAUCCCAGAGCUGCACCUGUGGCGAUAGCUUCAUCUGCAAAAGGAAGGCAAAAUAUACCUCCUAAGCUACUGGCCAUUGAAGAGUUCGAGGAUGAAGGACCCAAGAGUUUAUUCGAUGAUUCAGAUGGAGAUCAAGAUCGAGAUGGCCUGAAAGUAGAACAGAUUCCGAAAUUGAAAAAAACUAAGUUUGAACAAUGUCUUGACACCCUGCACGCUGAUCGGAGGAAGAGGGAGGAUGGCGUUCAACAACGUCACACAGAGGCCAUGACAGUACAGAGAGGUUUUCUUCAGGCUAUUACAAAUAUGACAGAGUCAUUCAAAGAGUAUAUGGGCUCAAAGAGGAAGAGAGAAAGUGAGGAUUCUGUGAAGGAUGAUGAGUAGCAAUUGACAAAUUGUUUUCCCUUUUCUGGCUGUUUAUUUUUUAUAUUUUUGUUGUGCUCAAUUUAAGUACUUGUGGAAUGUCAUGGGAACAAUUCAGUAGUGAAGUGGUGAAGGAUAACAAGUCCAUUUUCCAUAUCGCAUGAAAUAUCUAAUUAUCUCAAUAAUGAGU